AUGUGGUUAAUCCUUGGUAUACUAUUCGGGAUAUACUUUAUACAUCAAGUUUUCAAUUCCAUCUUACCCCACUACUUCCUAAUUCCCUCGCAGAAAUGGCAGGACAGAAUUCUCAAAGUCGUCAAUUACGAAAAACCCAUUUACUUGAAAGUCAGUCACAAAAGAUCGAGCUUCAGGCGUCGACUUGUAUUGGCUAGUGGAACACCGUCAUUUUACACCAACUUCGUAAAUAACAAGUUGAAAAUUUCACCCAAUGAUGUUGCCAACAAAGAUGAAUUUGUGCAAGAGAUGAGAAGACGAGAUGUCGAUGACCCUAAACGAAGAUUGUUGUAUGGAUUUUUCCACCCUUACGCAAACAAUGGAGGAGGUGGUGAAAAGGUCUUGUGGGAAUCCGUCAAGGCCACACUAGAACAAGAUACCAAAAAUAUAUGUGUUAUUUACACCACAAAUGUCGAUGCAGAGCCAUUAUCGAUUUUGGAGAAAGCCAGAGAUAAAUUUCAAGUUGAGGACUUGGAUCAUGCAAGAAUUGUAUUUAUCUACUUGAGAAGGUUUGGAAAGUUUAUCGACAGCUCAUAUUGGAAGCAUUUGACUAUUGUCGGUCAAUUGUUUGGUACUUUUUUGCUAAGUUUAGAAGCGGCAUUUGAACUAUCUCCCGAUGUGUGGGUCGAUACCAUGGGGUUACCGGGAAGCUACUUUGUGGCGUCAAUUGUUUUGAAAGUUCCCAUAAUCGCAUACGUACAUUAUCCAAUAUUGCAGGAAAACAUGUUUAACAAAUUGAAAUACGGCCAUAUUUCUGACUUUUCAAAGAUUAGAAGCAGUUCAGAUGUGUUUAGCUUUGCCAAAUUCCUAUACUGGUCCAGCCUUUAUUGGCUUUAUGUUUACAUUGGCUCGUAUGUUGACAUUACGUUAGCCAAUGGAUCUUGGACAUUUAGCCACAUGCAAAAGAUAUGGACAUACAAUCAUGCUUUAGGUAAGGAAAUUGACGUACUUUAUCCACCUUGUGGAACCGAAUAUCUUAUUAAUGAAAAAGAUAGAGACAGCACAAGGGCAAACAAGCUUUUGUACUUGGCACAAUUCCGUCCCGAAAAGCGUCAUAUAUUGGUCUUAAAAGAGUAUCAGCAAUUCCUUGUAAAUAACUAUCCCAAUAUUUCAACACCAGGAGAUAAAGUACCCACUUUGCUAUUUGCCGGGUCUUGCCGCACAAAAGAUGACACUGCCACGUUGGAGUUUUUACAGCAAGAAGUCAAGACAUUGAAAUUGGACAAAUUUGUUGAGUUUGCAGUCGAUUGCUCGUAUGAGGAGAUUGUUAAGUUUCUAUCAACGUGCAAAUUUGGUCUCAAUGCUAUGUGGAAUGAACAUUUUGGAAUAGGUGUGGUUGAAUAUGUUGCCAGAGGGUGUAUACCUAUUGUUCAUGCCUCAGCAGGACCACUUCUUGAUAUAGUGACAGGAGAAAGAGUUCAAGAUUGGCACAAUACUACUGGCUUCUUUUUCAAAUCUUUUGCCGAUCCUGAUUUCGACCCCCUGUUGCAAACCAAAGAGGACAAUAAGGAAAAAUACUUGGUUUUUGAAAUCAAUGGAGAGAAAAUGGAGUUUCCAACGUUGGAACAAUUACUCUCGAGUCUAUUUGUAACCGACAGACUGCUCAUCAGUGAUCAAUCAUUGGAGACUAUGCGGAAAACAGGACAACAGUUGGUGGUUGAUAAAUUUUCCAACAAGAUAUUUGAAAACAAAUGGAAAAAGUAUAUCGAAAAAGCGGAGGUACUCGAGAAAGAGUAUAGAAAGGAGAGAAGAGGAAAGUUGGAGAGUGUAUAUUAG